GAGAUCCGUCUCAUUCCAUCCAUCCAAAAUAGGCCUCUCGGAUGUCAUCUCUGGGAAGCCCUCCCGGUCCCUCCCUCCCGGUGCCUUCCCACGGGCACUCUGUUUACACCUGGCGCGUCGCCCUCUCCACCCAGGGUUGGAGUCAAGUUGUGUAAGUCGCUCUCCUCCAGGCUUUGUGAAGGCAGCAGCUGGAUCCCAGAGAUGGUGACGGUUCGUGGUUUAAUGAAAUCGUUCCUCUUUGGGAGAAUUUCUGUUUAGGCGCCCUGCAACUCCAGUAGUGACUGUAGCUAAAGUCCGUACACUUCCUGUGUCGCAGCACUGGACUGAACACCUUGUGUGCAUUGUCGUCUUUCAUUAUCUUCACACCAGCCCUGUUAGCCGGGGAAAUGUCUGAUGAGGAAAUCAAAAAGAAGACACUAGCUUCAGCCGUAGCCUCUUUAGAAGGGAAGUCACCAGGGGAGAAAGCAGCAAUCAUACAUCAGCAUCUUGGCCGUCGAGAAAUGACAGAUAUGAUCAUUGAGACCAUGAAGUCCAAUCCAGAUGAGCUGAACGCCACAGUGGAAGAAAGGAAGUCUUCAGAAGCAUCUCCCACUGUACAGAGAAGUAAAAAUCCAAGUGUUGAAUGCAUAAACGCUGCUCCCGAUUCUCCAUCCAAACAGCUUCCAGACCAGAUUUCGUUCUUUAGUGGAAACCCAUCAGUUGAAAUAGUUCAUGGUAUUAUGCAUCUAUACAAGACAAAGUCCCCACUGGGAAACAGUGAACACUCAGGUCACCUUAUGGGAUCACACCUGUUGAAUAAGAUGACCUCCUUAAAAGAAGAUGUGAGGCGCAGUGCCAUGCUGUGUAUUCUCACAGUCCCUGCUACAAUGACCAGUCAUGACCUUAUGAAGUUUGUCGCCCCAUUUAAUGAAGUCAUUGAACAAAUGAAAAUCAUCAGAGAUUCUACUCCAAAUCAAUAUAUGGUGCUGAUAAAGUUUAGUGCACAGGCUGAUGCAGAUAGUUUUUAUAUGGCGUGCAAUGGCCGCCAGUUCAACUCAAUAGAAGAUGAUGUUUGCCAGCUGGUGUAUGUGGAAAGGGCUGAAGUACUGAAAUCUGAAGAUGGCGCCAGCCUCCCCGUGAUGGACCUGACCGAGCUCCCCAAGUGCACAGUAUGUCUGGAGCGCAUGGACGAGUCCGUGAACGGCAUCCUCACCACGUUAUGUAACCACAGCUUCCACAGCCAGUGCCUGCAGCGCUGGGACGACACCACGUGUCCCGUGUGCCGGUACUGCCAAACACCAGAGCCAGUGGAAGAGAAUAAGUGUUUCGAGUGUGGUGUGCAGGAAAACCUGUGGAUUUGUUUAAUAUGUGGCCACAUAGGAUGUGGACGGUACGUGAGUCGACAUGCUUAUAAGCACUUUGAGGAAACGCAGCACACGUAUGCCAUGCAGCUCACCAACCAUCGAGUCUGGGACUAUGCCGGAGAUAACUAUGUCCAUCGACUGGUUGCAAGUAAAACAGAUGGAAAAAUCGUACAGUAUGAAUGUGAGGGUGAUACCUGCCAGGAAGAGAAAAUAGAUGCCUUACAGUUAGAGUAUUCGUAUUUACUAACAAGCCAGCUGGAAUCUCAGCGAAUCUACUGGGAAAACAAGAUAGUUCGGAUAGAGAAGGACACAGCAGAGGAAAUUAACAACAUGAAGACCAAAUUUAAAGAAACAAUUGAGAAAUGUGAUAAUCUGGAGCAUAGACUAAAUGAUCUCCUAAAAGAAAAGCAGUCUGUGGAAAGAAAGUGCACCCAACUAAACACGAAAGUGGCCAAACUUACCACAGAGCUCAAAGAGGAGCAGGAAAUGAACAAGUGUUUGCGAGCCAACCAGGUCCUCCUGCAGAACAAACUCAAGGAGGAGGAGAGGGUGUUGAAGGAGACCUGCGACCAGAAGGAUCUGCAGAUCACGGAGAUCCAGGAGCAGCUGCGUGAUGUCAUGUUCUACCUGGAGGCACAGCAGAAGAUCAACCACCUGCCUGCCGAGACCCGGCAGGAAAUCCAGGAGGGACAGAUCAACAUCGCCAUGGCCUCGGCCUCCAGCCCCCCGUCUUCGGGGGGCAGUGGGAAGCUGCCUUCCAGGAAAGGCCGCAGCAAGAGGGGCAAGUGACCUCUGGGAAACAGACGUCCCUGAGACUGUUUUCCCUGGCGCGGCGGGGGUGCGCUGGGGCUCCAGUGUGAGGGUGGACCUUGAGCAAGUACAAGUGAGG